GCGCUGUGGGUUGGGAGGCGGAUGAUUGAACUUGUCUUUGUCUGGCAGCUGAAGAAUAAGACCAGUACUUGUGGCUAAUCCCAUUUUUUUCUUCAAGGAAUAUAUAGGAGGUAACUGUGAUCCAAGAUGUGCGAUCAAGAGCUAGAAGUAGAAGUUAUCGAGGAGAUUCUGGAGGAAGAGGCAGAGACGCAGCAAGAGGAAGAAGAAGCUGUUCCUGAAGUCGAAGAACCCCCGGUUUCAACAGCUGAAGAGCCUGCAGAAGAUGCCGAGUCUCCAGCUGUGGAUGAAGAUAUGACAGAUGAAUCCAAACCUAAACCAAAGCUGUUUGCACCACCGCUGACUGUGCCAAAGAUACCUGAGGGAGAAAAAGUCGACUUUGAUGAUAUCCACAGGAAGCGUCAGGAGAAGGAUCUGACUGAGCUGCAAUCUCUGAUCGAGGCCCACUUCAUUCAGAGAAAGAAGGACGAGGAGGAGCUCAUCGCUCUCGUUAACAGGAUUGAGAAGCGUCGUGCUGAGAGAGCUGAGCAACAGAGGAUCAGAACCGAGCAUGAGAAGGAGAGGCAGAAUCGGCUUGCUGAAGAAAAGGAGAGGAAGGAACAGGAAGAGGCCCGCAGGAAGCAGGACGAGGACGCCAAGAAGAAGAAGGCUCUCACAAACAUGACUCAGCAGUACUCUGGCUUCCAGCAGAGGCAAGACGGAAAGCGGGGAGCGAAGAAGCAGACGGAGAGAGAGAAGAAAAGAAAGAUCCUGGCGGAGAGGAAGAAACCUCUCAACGUCGAGCGUCUCAACGAGGACAAACUGAAGUAA